AUGGGGUCGGCGUUCGUCGGGUUCCUCUCCGACAUGAGCUCGCGACAGAUCAACCACCUGUACCAGUCCCCUUGGGCGUGCCUCUCCGUCCUCCGCUCGCUCCCAUCCUUGGCCAAGCACUACGUCAUGCGGCUGCUGUACGUGGACGAGGGCAUCGCGAGGGAGGAGAUGGACGCGUGGGUGCGGCCCGGGAAAGAGCACAGGGAUCGCCACGCGCGGUCCAUGCUGGCGCUCAAACGACUCCGCGUCCUCGUUCCCGCGGGCGACCAGGAGUACGUCGCCGACGGCAAGGAGCUCGUCCGGCUGAACCGCCGAUUCGUCAAGGGCGUUCGCGCGCAGAUCGAGACGUGCUUCGCCCCGGAGGGCGACGAGGUGGAGGCGACCGUGGCGCCCGACGACGCGAUGGGGGGCAAGCGGCCAUCGCCCGAGAAGAUCGAGGAGUUCGCCAAGGGGCGAUGGGAGGCACUGCUGAUGACGCUGACGGGGCGCGACAGGCGGAAAGGACCCGGACUCGACGUCGCCGCGCUCUUCCGCGGCGCGGGCCUCGUCGCGGAGAAGUCCAACAAGUCCAACGGGUGGGGCAUCACGGAAAAAGGGUUCAGGUUCCUCCUGAGCACGGCGCGGGAGCAGAUAUGGACUUUGCUGACGGAGUACGUUCGGCAGUACUCGGCACCCGGGGACAGGACCCUCGUCGCGCCCGCCGUCAUCGGGUUCAUGCUCCGGCUCACGUUCCAAGCCGUCGGUCAGCCCUACCGCGUCGACGACUUGCCGAGCGCGCAGCGCGCCAUCGCGGAGGACCUCGCGCACCUCGGCCUGCUCUACCUGUUCGCGGGUCCGGGGAAGGAGGGGUACUACGUUCCCACCCAGCUCACCGCGGGGAAGGACGUCGCGGAUGGCGACGCGUCCCUCGGCGGGGACCCGGGGGGGCACAUCAUCGCCGAGACCAACUUUCGCGUGUACGCGUACACGUUCAGCGACGUCGAGUGCGAGAUUUUGCGACUCUUCACCAGGCCGGACUACAGGCUGCCGAACCUGUACGUGGGUAUGCUGACGCGCGAGGCGGUGCACGAAGCGCUGGACACGGGCGUCGCCGCGGAGCAGAUCAUCAAGUACAUCAAAUCGCACGCGCAUCCCAACGCGAGGAAGACGACGAACGGCUCCGGGAUCCCGCCGAACGUGGCGGACCAGAUCAUGCUGUGGGCGAUGGAGCGGCGCAGGGUGCGGAGCGCAGAGUGCGUGCUCUACUGCGAUUUCCCCACGGGCACGGACGAGUACGCCGCCGCGGUGAAAGCCGCGAGCGACGCCGGCGUUUUGCUCUGGGAGAAUCGCGAGCAGAUGAAGCUGGCGGUGGCGAAGAGCGGGCACGAGCGGAUGA